CCCUCAAUACCCAAACUUCUUUCUUCAUUUUCGUUCCCCUCUCGCCUUUCAGGCUUUCACCCUCACGAGUCACGUCCCUCUGAAACCUUCACUGUUGAAUCUUUCACUCGUACUCGGAAGCUCAGCGCGAUUGAUCUGAGCCUGACCUCGUUGAAUCUCAGAUCCCUUCCUAUGAAAGCAAACAAUACUUGCAACUAAAUUACAGUGAAACGAACGAUUCCUCUUCAUAUGGUCAAGGGACCGAUCGAUCUUCAAUCAAAGGGGGUUGCAUAAGAGGCUUUGAGAAAGAGAUGAGUCAGGUAUUCGAAGGGUACGAGCGCCAGUACUGCGAGCUCUCUGUGAAUCUCUCCCGAAAAUGUAGCUCGGCUAGUCCUCUUCCUGCUGGAGAUCCAUGAAAACCAUUGUCGAUCCCCGGCGAAGUGUAGCGGUUGAUGACCUCCUUCGACCAGAAGCGCAGGGGCUGUCGCGGAACAAAAUGCAGCGACAGCGGCUGUUCGAGAUGGAUGCGGGAGAGAGAGUGAGAGUGCGCACAGAGGAAUAUAAAAUGAGGAACAAAGAAUUUGGUGUAGCUACUUUACAUCGCUAAAGAGCAGAAGCAGCAGAAGGUCUCUGAGAUUAAAGCUGCACUGGAUGAUGCUGAUGUUUUGAUUCGAAAAAUGGACCUUGAGGCAAGAAGUCUGCAGCCAAGUGCAAAGGCUAUGAUGCUUGCAAAGUUAAGGGAAUAUAAAUCUGAUCUAAAUAAGUUGAAAAGGGAAUUUAAAAGAAUAUCAUCACCUAAUGCUGAUCAGGCUUCCCGUGAAGAGUUGUUGGAGUCUGGAAUGGCAAAUGUGCAUCCGGCUUCUGCUGAUCAAGGAGAGAGAAUGGCAAUGUCAAUGGAGAGAUUGAAUCAGUCAAGUGACAAAAUUAUGGAGAGUAGAAGAACCGUGCUAGAGACUGAAGAGCUUGGUGUCUCAAUCCUCCAAGAUUUGCAACAACAGCGUGAGACUCUCCUACAUUCCCAUAAAAAGCUCUAUGGAGUAGAUGAUGCCAUCGACAAGAGUAAAAAAGUUUUAACUGCCAUGUCACGUAGGAUGUCCAGGAACAAAUGGAUCGUCGGCUCAGUAGUCGGAGUUCUUAUUGUUGCUAUCAUCUUUAUUCUGUCUUAUAAGCUUUCUCAUCAUUAACUUUUACUUCACGUUGUUUGGAGCACGGAGGAGACGCAUCAAGUGCUUGCUUGUACAUAGUCUCAUCAAACAUGUACAAUUUAUCUGCAUUGGUGGAUGCUUUAAUAAUUAUAUCAUACUUGUGGUAGUUUUACCCUUACAUUCUGUUUCUGCUACCAUAUGCUUUGGUAUGACUUUUAGAGCCAUGCACUGAUGGUUGGGGCCUCAGUCUUCUGUUGGCAUCGCUUUACAAACAAAGUGAACAGACCAUCUGUAUUUUUACUAUUUUGCUGUUUGUUGCCGUUCUGGAUUCUUGAUCCUUGGAGUUAAUUGACAGGGGUUUCCUACCAAA